AUGUGUGCUGCCCGCGUCUAUAUCGGAAGAAUUCCUUAUCGGACUCACGAGAAGGACAUUGAGCGAUUCUUCAAGGGAUUCGGAAGAAUUCGCGAUAUCAUGCUUAAAACCGGUUACUGCUUCGUGGAGUUUGAUAACUACAGAGAUGCGGAUGAUGCUGUCUAUGAGCGAAAUGGCCGAGUUCUCUGCGGAGAAAAAGUUGUUGUCGAACAUGCAAGGGGAGUCCCACAUGGAGAAGAUUUGAGAAAAGAUAUUGAAAGAGGUAUUGAUUAUCCACAGAGAUCAAGGAGAGAAUUUGAUAGGCCAAGGCGUAGAGGAGAAUAUAGAUUAAUUGUUGAAAAUUUGAGUACCAGAAUAAGCUGGCAGGAUUUGAAAGAUUUGAUGAGAGGUGCAGGUGAGGUGACAUUUGCCGAUGCUCAUCGAGAUAGGAGGAAUGAAGGUCUUGUAGAGUUUGCAUCGAGAAGGGAGAUGGAGAGGGCAAUGUCAAAAUUUGACAACAUGGAUCUCAAUGGAAGGAGGAUCAGGUUGUUUGAAGCCAACAAGAGGGGUAAAAAGAGGAGUUCCCAUUCAGAUCGAAGUGCAUCCAUGGAGAGGAAGAAGAAACGAGGUGAGCCGCAUGAUGCUGCAGCUACUCCUAGCUUGAUUAAUGUUGAGGGAGGUCUCAAAAAUGAUAAGAAGACUUCUCGUGAUAGGAGUGUGGAGCAGAAUGUUAGCAAUAGCUUGAAAAAUAAUGAUCUCCAUGGCAAUGAUAAUAAUGAAGAAUCACCUCGAAAUGGUGAACAUGAAGGUAACCUUAUUGUUCAUAUUUAA